GAUUAAAGUAGACAGCAUACAAAAUGCUACGAUUCGUACAAAAGUCGCUCCACAUUGCAUCCAUAACAAUAAUUUGCUAAUUAACAGAAAGUUUGUGGAUUAUUCAACAAAAAUAUUUGCUACGUUAUGACGAAUUUUUGGCGAAAUAUCGAGUUUGGAAUAUUCGACGAACAAUUCAAACAGCUAACGAAAUAAAUAUGUUGUAAUAAUUUUGAACUCGAUUACACGGCCUACCCAAAAUGCUGUGUACUAGGAUGCAAUUGACGGAAAGAAGAUUUCGGAUCAAAUCGAGUUUGAGUUAUCAAAACAGCGAUGGUGAAUAUGAGUCCAGUGCAACUGUAUCUUGUGAGGGUAGGGCACCAUUUGUUCGUCCAUGCGCCAUUAUAAAAAUGUUCAAUGGUGACAAUGCUGAUGGAAACGAAUCAAUCAUCAGUUCUGGUCGAGCAGUGAGUGCGGUAAAAGCGAAGGCCGAUGCAAACAGGAAAACAAAUAAUGAACCGGACAGUGUUAACAUAACGGAUGUUAACGGAAGCCCAACAAAUCUUGACAGAUCGGAUGAAGAUAUCAGCGAAAAUAAGAUGAAUGAUUCGCAUCAAUCGUCUUAUCGUGCACCGCUAAUAGUGGUUACACUUUAUUUACCAUCAGAAGCAAAAACAUUAGCUCCACUUGCAGUAAAGCGUGAUCUUCGUCGGCCACCAUCGUUUUGUCAAAAAUUUCAACGCAAUUCAUCGAGCAAACAGUGUAAGUGUAAAAUCAAUGCAAAACCGGAUUUAAUGUUGCGUGGUAAAGAAAUCACCGAAACCAGUUCGAAUCUAUGCACCACCAAUCUACCACCAAAUCAAGAUAACGACGAUAUUCUGAGAAAUGAUGAUAAAAUGAAUGACGAAUGUAUGGCAUGCUCUGCGUGUAUCAUGGAUAUGGAAAGAAGAACACCUUUGUUAACACCAGUACCAUGUUUAGAUGAAGCGGCGCUAGAAAUGGGUUUUGACAAAUAUCACAUGGAUUCGUUCGGCAAUUUAACAAAGAAUUUUGAGAUUCCGUGCACUGAAGAUGUUGACGGCGAAAAAAAUGAUUCGCUAGACUGUUCUAUGCCUGUAAUAAGCAGACCCGGUAGCGCAGACACAUCACGUAUCAUACGUAUUACGUUGAACAAUAAAAGUAGCAUCGAUGGCAGUAGUAAACAAAGUAGUAGCAAUGAAAAUCAAAACACAGUUCCUAGAGAUAUUAAAACCGCGACAUUUUAAAUCGGAUAAAUAUAAUAGUAAAUAAAAAAGGACGUCUUUUUGUA